CAUCAUUUAAAAAAUCGCUUAAACUGUCAAAUAAAUAUUAAACUAAAGAUCUCAAAAUAUUUUUGCCAUACUUAUACAUUCGUAAUUUCUGGGAAAAAAUCCACCGUAAAAAAGGCUACAAAAUGACUACAAAGGAAGAAAUCAAGUCCUUGUUGAAAGAAAAUCUUAAAGGAGGGAAACCACUCAAUGUAAUACUUCUAAUUUUAAAAGAACACCUAAAACGCGAUCUGGACAUGAUGGAGGACUACUACGUGAAAUACAAGUGUCUCAAAUACUGUCUGGACGCCUGGGUUGAACAGUGCACAAAACAGUUGCAAGCGUUGGAUGAUGUUGAAUAUUUGUCCGAAAUUUUGGAGGACAUCAACGCCCUCACCGUGAAAGCACUCGUUCCCAAACAAUUUCCCCGUGAAUUGAGACUUCUCACACGAAACAAUUCAUUCAAAUUUUUAGAAGACUUUUGCUCCAACUUCAUCUCGCUUGAGUCCCGUCACGAACGGUUAAUAAUAUUAGAAACGUUUAAAGCUAAAAUUUGGAACAACGUCCUCGAAAAUGUGGAACAAUAUCGAGAUUCGAAAGAAUAUUUGGAACAAUUUCAGUUACUACUGACAGAAUCUGGCAUUUCGAAAUAUGAUUUAAUCGCUGGAUUAAAGUUGCAGACAUUGAGCACCCCAUUGGAUAAUGAUGAUCUGUCCAUUAUAAAAACUUGCUUGGGAAAAAUGAAACAAAAAUAUGUUGAGCCAGCCCCUCAGAAAAUUAUUUCCAGACUUAUUUCCUUGCAUGAAAAUCGACUAGAAGUUUCUUCAGAUUCGGAAAAAGUAAUUGUGAAGAAUAAACUAGCUUUACGAAUGGAAUAUUUCGUGCGACCAGCAAAUAUAUCUGCGACUAACGGCGUGUUAACAAUUUGUGGUUGCGUCCUAAGCAUUUCAGAAGUUUAUUCAGAAAUAGUAAAACAGUUGAAAAAAUGCUAUGUUCAAGAAGUGCAUAUUUACUCGCCUGAUGUUAUAAUUGUAGAUAGAGAUUUGCAGGAUGACGAAUUUAAAGGCGUUAAUUUUGUCGUGUCUACAACAAAGUUAAUCAUUAGCUCGAGCCAUGUUUGGGAUUUUUCAGGUGAAAAUGGACAGUCCGCAUUUUCUAUGAAUCCACCAAAAGCUAUCAACCCAUUGCAAAAUGGACUAGACGGCGAAGACGGGAAGCCUGGAAAACCUGGAGGAAAUGUCCAAAUUAUAAUAUCUUCAGUCAUCGGUCAAGGAAUUGAUGCAUCGUUGCAUAUUCGAAGCAACGGUGGGGACGGUGGCUCAGGCCAGGUUGGCGGUGAUGGUGGUCAUGGUAUAGACGGCGAAGACGGAGACAAAUAUACGAGUAUUGAUGAAGACAAAUUCCGCUCCAUGAUUCCUAAGGUUUCCAGGUUUAAUGACAAAAUGUCCAAUCGUCAUCAAUUAAAAUGUUACCAAGCCCUCAUAGACAUUUUGGAGGCCGAGGGUGGAUACCAGAAUGAAAAUUCAUGCUUGUAUCAUGCCAGUGGAGAAAAAUUUGUGUAUCAAUCAAUCGUGACUUCAGCCGGGGCAGAAGCAGGUUUCUCUAUUUACGAGGGACCCCUUCACACCAAAGCGUAUGGAUUUCACGCCUGGUAUUUUGCUUCGGCUGGAACAGAAGGAUCACUUGGUGGUUAUCCGGGUCGUGGAGGCAAAGGCGGGUCGCCUGGUUAUGCGGGGGAGAUUGAUAUUCAGCUAAAUAGCAGCAAUUCAGGUAGUAAAGGAGGAAAGUCGCCUAGAAAUAGUGGGCAACUCUCUUUGAUCACGGUGGAAAAGUCGGAUGGGAAUGCUGGAAAAGAUGCACCACCAGGAAAAGAGGGAAUUCCUGGUAGACCAGGCCGAAAAGGUACGGAUUAUGCUUGCGUCCACCCAUUUCGUACAAUACAUGGUCGUACAUUCUACAAAGGGACCUUAAUAAAGCGACUGCACGAAUCCAAGAUUGAACCUUCACCUUAUUGUGGGUUUGCGAAAAGCAAAAUUCAUUUUGAAAACUCGAUACGGGAAUUUACUCGGUUGAAAAAUGAGAACAAAAGGUUCGAGUUAAAGGCGAGAGCCCCAAUAAAAACGGCACAGAAGCAACGGAGCAUCGUCAAAGCAGACAUACAACGCGAAUUUGAGACACAUUGUCGUAAAUACUUUUUAGAAACUGAACUUCAUCCAUUAAUGACACCCGCAACAAGUACAUUUUUUGGAAGAUUGAGCCACCAAGUUUUUGAGAGCAGUUCGAUGCAUUCGGCAUUACAGACUUUGCAAAUUGCAUCAAGAAUUCGUGACUUUAAUCCCAAGGACCCUGUCCCUCCUCCGAGAAAGAAAAUAUUGGUAGGGGAAUCGGACAGAAUAAAGAAUACGGACAAACUCACAAGAGAAAAUUCUAAAACAAGAUUAAACAGAAAAAGCUUGCUAACUCCAAUUGAACAAAGCCCACUACUUGACUUAACUCAGUCCUUGUUACUCUACACACAAAGUUUGGAUGCAGUAACGAAUUUGAAUAACCAACAUGUGAAUUUAAAGCAUAAUAUUCAAGAAUUAUGCCGACGAAUUCAAGAAGUUGUUCACAGUUCAGGCAGCGAAACAACUGGACUGUCAAUGGAGGGAUGCAAAAGGCUUCUAUUAUUCAUUAAGCGACAUGAUGAUAAUAUGGAGACCAAUAUGGACUCGAUCCCCUUAAUUCUGGAUAUAAAAACCAAUCUGAUCCAAACACUAAGACAUCAAUUAUUAUACAAACUUCAUUGCCAAAUUCAACUUUUGCCAGAAGUCAGCAUGGGAAAAAUUCGUAAACUGGACCCCAAUUUUUUUCUCAUUUUCAUAAAAAACUGUGGCCAAUUGUUGGAAAAUAAUUUCCAGUCUUCCAAUUUGCAUGUCCAACUUGGUCAAGAUAUAGAGAGAUAUCUGGUAAAUGAAGCUGAUCAAUUAAAUGGGGAACAUAACGGCUCAUCACCAUCCCACUUUUUCAAUGUCUUGAAGACAUCAAUAUUUGAGAAGGGGGUCACAACUAAUUUUCCCACGUUUAUGGAAUACCUUAACCGCUACACUAAAAAACAUGUCAAAAAACUUUCAAAGAAUAAUUAUGGAACAGUAUUAGCAAAUGGCGAUGAUAACGAUUCAGGGGACGUUGUACCAAACGUUCUGGUGGAAUAUGCAAAAGUCUUGUCCAAAGGCCUCCUGUCGGAUUUAGACUUUGACGUAUUGGCCACAAUUUACAGAGUUCAACUCUGCGUAUACAACAAGAACACGCACAUGGGCAAUAAUUGUCCAAACCCUUCGCCAAAUUCAGUUUCUCCACGUUUGCAUCUUCGCUACUCGGCUCAACCGCUUACAAAUUCUUUCUCCAGCUUAUUAAACAACGAACUAGCCCAAUCACAAGCAACAACUUGCAUUAAGAUAAUUGAGACCGAUGUCAAUUUUGCACCACUUGCCAAAUUUCAGGUCAUUUCCAACCAACAAGCCCAGAUUUACCUGGAAAUUCUUAAUGAUACCUCGAGAUCAGAGUUUUUUGAAGAAUUUGAUCUCGCCGAGAGACAACAAGCAAUUGAAGGAUGCUUCUUGAAUCGGAGGUUUACGCUGAGCAAGUUAUUCACACCUCCAUCGAGUUCCACAGAUUUGGAUACUUUGACCCAAAAACUGAAUCAUAUUCUACCUGACACGUCAAGAAUUAUAAAACUAGCGUUCCUAACAAGUACACGAUUUGAUAAUCGGUUAAUCCAAGCUUUAAUUGACCGGCUGACUUGGCAAGGGGACAUUUUGCUAUCUAAUCGCUCAACCUUUGUUGAACUUGUUCUUGCAAUUUUAGGCAGUGAUGAGGUUGAUAUGCUUCACAUCGAAUGGACCAUAACUGCUUUACCCCAAAAGGAUUGGAUACUCGAAAUUGUUUUCAUAAUUUUGCAACAAAUUUUCCGAAGCUGCAAUCAAACCGUGCAUCAAUUUCAGUGGACCCAAUGGAAACACAAUUUGUCAAGAUUAGAGGAAACUGGUUUAAUUCUAAUUGCAGAAAAAAGUGCUGAUUAUUUUCAUGAGCGGAUAUCCGCUACUCUGGAUGAAAUUACUUACCCGAAUGUACAAUUAAUUAACACAAUUGAGAAUAUUUCUUCCAUAAUCAGCGAAAAUAUUGACCUAACGACUGACGACAUUUAUAACGAACUGUUGGACAUCAGACUGCAAGAUUGGCCCAAGGUUUUGACAAACAUAAAAAUUCGUAAAACUUUCCAACUUUUGAAUACUGCUUGGAAAGGGGAUGAAAGUAAUCAAGAUUACAAAAAGUGCAUUUACUACGUUUCUUUCCUAUAUAAUGAGCAUCCCAAUUUUAUCGAUGAAUGUAUUUGUGUUUUGCACAAAAUAAAAACUAGUCAUCCUAAGACCGAAAUUGACACUGGGAGACUUUUAGAGAUUUUUUCCAACUACUAUCACGGAUAUUGGUCAAUUUCCAGUAUUGAAUGUGAAACCAACUUUCAACAAUUGGACUCUUUCGAGUACUUUUACGUUAUUUUGGCUCAUCAGAAUGACUCCAAAAUACCUAAGGGAGUAAGACAACGAGAUGAUAUUCUUAAAUUCCUCUCCAGCGACAAAAACACAACCUUGAGCCAGAUGGAUAUUCAAAAGCUUCGUUUUAUAUUAAAAGAAGAGCCGAAAUCUGGGGUUGGAUUCCUUGAUCCUGAGGUUCCGAUAAAGGAAGCUAUUUCAAAAUGGGCCUUAAAAAUAAGAACUUUAGCCCCCAAGGAGAAACCAAGCGUGGGAGAAAUGCUAUAUUGUAUCAACUCUGCUAUUUCGCACUGCAAAAACUUUACGUUGAGGGAUACUCAAAAAGUGACACUAGUGACAAUGCUACAGGAAGAAAGGAGAAACACGUUGGCCCAGGUUUCCACAGGGGAAGGAAAAUCGAUUAUUGUCGUAGCUUGGGCCAUAAUGAGAGUGCUUUUGGGUGGACGAUGCGAUGUCGUAACUUCUAGCUCGGUUCUUGCAGAAAGAGAUGCGAAUGAUAAUAAGGACGUUUUCGAAAUAUUUCAUGUCACCGUCGGCCAUAAUUCGAGCUGCGACGUUGAAGCAAGGAAAUCCGCUUACAAGAACGACGUCGUUUACGGCGAUGUCGGAAAUUUCCAACGGGACUAUCUCCUGAACAAGUAUUUCGAAACCAACAUUCUUGGAGAAAGGUCUGCUCUUGAGAACUUGUCCAUAAUGGUGGAUGAGGUGGAUAGCAUGUUGCUUGACAAGGGAAGCAGCGUUCUCUACCUUUCGCAUAAACCUGCAGGAAUGGAAGCUCUCAAUCCCAUUUUUAUCUUCAUUUGGAAAACUAUGAACAUCAACUCCAAGCCGGAAGUACCUGUAACAUUCAAUCUUGUAAAACAGGCUGUUCUAUCCGAAAUCCGAACCGUAAUCACUCCAGCCACAUUUCAAUGUCUCGAGGAGGGAAAAAAUAAUGCAGGAAUUGCAGCCCAGAUUCAUUCCGCACUUUGUGAGCUUGGUCUCUUGGACUUGAACAAUUGUUAUACCCCGAAACAAAUUAGCAGACAACCCUCAUUGCCUGACCAUCUGUCGUCCUAUGAAACUCAGGCUUGGUACCUUAUCAAAGUGGAAGAUGCAAGAAAACGAGAAUUCGUAGUACCUCAACAUCUUGAAGAAUUCGUAGAUUUGCAUUUGGACAGUUGGAUUUCGAGUGCGUUUCGAGCAUUGGAACUCACCACGGGAAAUGAAUACAUUGUGGACACCACGUCUAAAAGCUUCAUUUGUCCGGACAAGGAUCCAAAAGUGAUUAUUGUUGAUCGAGACACCGGAGUCGACUUGUUUCAAUCACAAUGGAACGACGCACUCCAUCAGUUUUUACAAUUAAAGCAUCAAACUUCAUUUUCAAACUUAAACCUCAAAGCAAUCUUUAUCAGCAACAGAUCCUACUUUCGACGAUACGGACUGAUCCAUGGGUUGACGGGAACGUUGGGGUCAGAAAUUGAAAGAAACUUUUUAAAGAAAAACUAUGCCGUAGAAUUUAUCAAUAUCCCAACAGCCACGCCCAAGAAAUUUGUUGAAGAACUGCCCAUCGUAGUUGGAAGUUUAGAAGAGUGGAGAGAUUCCAUUGUCUCGAAAGCAAUAGAGUUAGCGUCUUCUGAACAGAAAAAAAGGUCAGCUUUGAUUAUCUGUGAGUCUAUCAAUGACGCAGACUAUCUUCAAUUGGGACUUGUUGAUAAAGUUCAAAAAAUGAAUUCUACAAUUACGCUUGAGAAUAUUCACGUGUAUAAACGGAGUUAUGAAAAGUUUUCAAUUCUCAUGGGCAAUGACAAGGACGCUAAAGCCGACAAGGAGUUGUGCCCUGGUCAUAUAAUCAUCUCCACGAAUCUGGCUGGGCGUGGAACGGAUAUAAAAAUUUCGCAAGAGCUCAACAACAACGGUGGCUUAUGCGUCAUUCUUUCCUACCUCCCAAAUAAUAUCCGUGUGGAACAACAAGCGUUUGGCAGAGCGGCAAGAAAGGGACAAAAUGGCUCUGGAAUUUUGAUAAUCAGGAAUAAAAGCCUUUUACAAAACCAUUCAUCACAUCAACGUCUCAAUGACACCAACAAUUCUAACGAAGUGACGAUGGUUGAUUUGAAAAAUGAUCGAGAUGAGUACGAGGUGCUGGCCAUGUCACAAAUCGAAAGUGAAUUUGAGUCCAUCAUUGGAUACGAGGAAUCAUUAUUUCAACAUUUCAGUAAACAUUAUCAACGAAUGAAACCUAGAAUUAAAGAGUUUUACAACAAGACUGCGAUUCAAGACGUCGUCCUCCAUAGCCUCAUUGAUAAGUGGGCAUUCUGGUUGGAUAAAAUAGUCACACUACGAGUUCCAUACGCUGAAGCUAUCAAAAGCUUGAACAAUUUAAUGAGAGAUUUUCAACAACCCAGGGAUGACGUUAUCGUAGAUUACCUUGACAUUGGGGACAUACCAACUGCAUUGAUGACUCAGCAAUCAAUAGAACCACAAGAUGCGGAUGAGCAAAUCAUGGAAAGCGAAACUCUAUCACCGUCAAAUCUAAUCGACAUUCUCGAUUCCCCAACGCACCUCGUCACCGUUGGAAAACUAUACCUGGACAAAUCAACGUGGUCUCGAAUUCUUGGGACGGUUUGGAACGACAACACUUAUGCAGAGAUUGCCAUCCCAUUUUUUGAUAAGGCAAUUUCCAUCAUGGGAAGCAAUUCGCCCCUCACCACAAUUCCGCUUUACUACAAGGCCUACGCUAUGAUAAUAAUGAAGGACAAAAUUGACAGCAAUACCAGGGCUGAAGUCAAGACCAUGUUACGAACUGUGGAGCGGGGAUUUCAAACCCUAAUUGCACAAGAAUGUAGCCACAUUUCUGCAGUGCUAUCAAUAUCACUGCGUCUCCAUGAAACGCAGAGCUUUGUACAAGUCGAGUCUUUCAAAGAACAGAGGAAAAAUAUGAUUGCACUUUAUCAACUUUUUAUCGACUCUAUUCACGGUAUUUUGGGUUCCAUUUUAUUGCCGACGUACCUUCAAACGCAGUCGAUUACAACGCAUGAUCAAAUUUCAGAAUUGUUGACUCAACUUACGGAAGCCAGGUUAAUUCGAAAUUGUUCCGUUAUAGAACUGCCUCCAUGCAAUAACAGCGCAGUUCCGAACGGAGUGACAAACCGCUUGGUUUACAAAUGUCUGGACCCUGAUGUUGAGUUGCUGGAGGAAAUCGCCGCGGCUUACGGGGUGCGAUCAGUCGAGCUGCAUGAGCUGGGAUUGUCCUUGCGGGAAGAGUGCGAAACCCGGAUGGACAUUACGAAUGAAGAGAUUAAGCAAUUUUUUGAACAUCGAUUGAGGCUCCCAACAAAAAAUGAAUUCUGGGAAGCGUUGGUAUCCUCCCGAGUGGUUUCCUCUUUGACAACGGUUGGAGUUAUUUGCGGCUCCUUAGAAAGAUUGGUGGAAGACCCUUGCUUCAAGCGGUUGCAGAAGAAUGGGAAGGUUGGCGAUAUUUUCCAAAUAGAAAGACAAGGUCGGCUGUUUUAUAAAAGUUUUGUUCCAAAUAUCGCCAUCUCCUCGUCGUCUUCACGUCAUUUGGCAGUUAUCAUUAGAGAUUCUUAUUCGGAUGCUGUAAGGAAUUUGGAUUUUCGCAGUCUGGAAACCAAGGGAUUCAUCCAGUUAAACCAGUUUGGGGAAUGGAUGAGUGAAAACAUUGACCAACUUGGAAGAGAGUUAGAAUAUGGACCUGGUUAUCUGCUCAAAUUUGAGUACGCCUUAAAGGUCCUGGCAGAGAGAGGUGUUCCACUCGACUUUUUAGAUUAUAAUCUAGAGUACCACCUUAUUGGACAGAAUCUUAUUACUCCGCAGGGUCUCCUAGUCCAUGCGGAUUUCGACAGUGUGAACUGGGGAAAGUAUGCAUUUUUUAAGGAUCAGAUUGUUGCAGUAUUCAAACUGCAUUGCAUAUAUAGAAUUUACACCCUUCAUCUUGACAAGGAGAUGAAAACAGAACAACAACAACCAUCAUCUUCAGUUGUGAACCUUUCGUUCAUAAAUUCUGAUCCAUGUUCUUCACUCGUAAAUGAAUUAUUUUACUCAGGAGUUCUUCGUCGGUAUCGCAUACUGAAGCCCAGUGAAUCUUUAAGCGAGCCACUGCUUGGAGCCCAAUUUAAAGCCUUGCUAGAAAAAUUUGAAACUUUAACGAUUGAUGAAGUCAAAAAAUUCUUUAAACGAGUAAACAUUCUCACCUUAGGAAGUGUAGAAGCCUUUUGGCUUCACUUGAUUAGCAAAAGCUGGCUCAAUGUCACCGAAAUCGGGUACGAAGAUGAAAUCCCUCAAAGUGGAAAGAUAAAUAUCCCAAAGCACUUUACUGGAGAAUAUCUUGAACACCCUUGGAACACACCGGAAAUCAUCAAUUUCUUGAUUGUUCGAGGAGCACUAGUUCAUGAAAAGUAUUCAAUUUUGCACUCCCUAGAACAAUUCACCAGCCGUCUUAGUCUCAUCAGUAAACCAGACGGAUCACUGGCAUCGAUCGACUCAAAGCUUAACAAAUCUGCAAAGCAACGAAUGAGUUCAGAAAUAUCGGUGAUACAAUCGAUGGGCUUGGACUCCCUAAUUAAUGUCUUUGAUAAGUCAUGGAGUCCUUUAAAAAUUGAGAAAGCUGCUUCCAAUUGCAGUUCUGGGUAUUUACAGAUUGCAGCAGGAAUUGCAAUAUCAGUUUACAGCGUUGGUUUUGGAGCGUUUUCCGGACAAACUUUAAUCGAUCAAGGAAUCUCCGACAUGUGUUUCUUUCUAAUGAACAUGUUUAGUGAUCAUUUAAAUUGGGAAGGGUAUUGGACGGCACAACUGAGCUCUUCGAUUUCUUCCCUGGUUGCUUUAAUAUCUCCAGCCGUGUCUGGCUACCUCAUGGGAACGUGUCCCCCAAGAUAUGGGUCUAGCAUUAUUAGUCAAUCUGCUGCAAAUGGUCAAUCAGAGUGCCUCCGCGUGGCAAGCAGUGCUGGUCUUCUCCUCGGACAAGAAGUCGUCAAAGUCAUCCUCUCAGAAAUAUCUUUUACCGCAGAAGUUUUUACCAUUGGAGAAAAAAUAAAAUCCAAGUAUGACGAGCUAUUGCAAGACAUCAAUACUCACCUUUCCAAACUUGUCGACGAAUGCAUGGCUUCUGAGCAAGUGAUUCAGUUAUGUCAACGAACUGGGAAUGAUGAGGCCCGAUCUAAGCUGAUACUCACGCUCAGCCAGGACAAUAACUUCUCUUACGAAGAAUGGAGUCGAAUUGAGUCUUUAAUUCAGACGUAUGCCGACCAUAAAUUGAGUCUGGUACGGAAUUGGGUCUUUGAAAAGAAAAAUAUUACCUCAAAAUAUCACUUUUAUUUGAAGCAAAUAGACAAACUAUCAAGAAUAAGUAGCAAGGAUAUUGCACAAUCGGAGGAUUUAGUGCAGGACAUUGGUCGCGAGAUUUCGUCCAUAUUGAAGACAUGCAUUGCAUCUGCCAAUAAUUCGGCAGCUACAACUUCGACUUCUAUACGAAAUAGUUCUUCAAUUGAUACAAAAUAUCAAAACAAAUUCAUUUCCUUUGAAAUAUGCAAGAUUUUGUAUGAAAGGGUGGAAGAAAUCUUGUAUGACAUUCUCCUCGCACCAAUCUCAAAUACCGUGACCAGCAAUUUUCUGGUGGAUGCGGAUGCUUCUUUAAUUAGACAAUUAUCUCAGAGCAGGAGAAAUUUGGUCAAGAGCUUCACUAUUCAACAACAUUUGAGUCGCUUGUUUAUGCCAAAAAAUACAGAACUAGUCUCACCAAAGGGUCACACUCAACCAACUGAAUCAGUAGGCUAUGACCUCAUUCAAGAACUGCGACUAAAACGCCUAUCCAGGAAAAUGAUAAAUAUGGAGCGUAAAUGCACAGAUCCGUACUUAUUAUCAGAAUUUGUCCUUGCGGAACUUAGUUCUGGUCAAGUUCUUUUGCAAGCGUGUGCAAAUUUCUAUAAUUGCAAAAUUAUUCUGAAAGAAAUGGACGGAUCUUGCUGUUUAAAGAAAAUUGAAGUCAUUCCUGCAAACCCACGAAUGGGAGAAGACCAAAGAAUGCUGUUCAUUGAGCUCCCAGCCCUGUCCCCAACCCUUAGCAUAACAGAACCAUUAUUGUCAUCGCUUACUGCUGCACAACUUUUGGACCGUAUAAAAUUGUCUCAAAGGAAAUUAUUGGACGCCCUUCUAAAAAAUCUCUUGAAAUCUGAAGCUGUGCAACAUGACUUUACUCGCGAUAAAUUACGUUGUCAAUUAGCGGAAGUUAUAAAAUCAGACGUGGCAAUUUUAAUUACUCUUCGCAAUCGAAGAAUGAACAUGAAAUAAUUAAUGGUUCUUUUAUUUCUAUUGUUCUUACAUUACAUAGGACAUCCUACCCAUAUCGUUAUUUUGUAACCACUUGUUAGUCAUCUACAUUUUGCUCUUUACCACUGUAAGGAUUACGCAUCGGGAAAAAGUCAAUAAAAAUUUUACAGCAGA